AUUCUCCUGAUGUUAAUGCAACACAUGCGCAGUUGUGUUCAGGUCAUUCGUUGGAGUCAUCUCAGUCAUCUGGAGCACGGCUUUCACUUGGGUUUUGGAGUCGUUCACAUACGCUCACUUCACCACCAUUUUCCUCGAUUUAACAAAAUGAGUUGCAGCGGCGCUCUAUCGGAAGACUAUUUGCAGAAACUUUAUAAAGAGUUUUACAAUGAUCCAAGAAAUAUUGCCGCGCAGAAUGUCUGCACAAAAGUAAAUCCAUCUGAGGCUUGCAUAUCGAGGCAAGUCGUUCAAAAUAGUAAUCAUGUGUUCACCUAUAAAAUUGAUCCCGAAGGGAAGCCAAUUACUGAGCAAAAAAGUUCUGGACGUUGUUGGCUAUUUGCAUUUUUAAAUGUUGUGAGAUCGCCGUUUAUGAAGAAAUACAGUUUGGAGGAAUUUGAAUUCAGCCAAUCCUAUCUUUUCUUCUGGGAUAAGAUCGAGCGUUGCAACUAUUUUCUGCAAAACGUUGUCGAAACUGCAAAACGUGGCGAGGAAGUUGGCGGAAGAUUAGUGUCAUUUUUAUUGAACAACGAUUUAUUGAUCGAUGGCGGUCAAUGGCACAUGAUAGUGAACAUAGUCAAAAAGUACGGUGUCGUACCAAAGUCAUGUUUCCCAGAAUCGACAACAAGUGAAGCGAGUGCACGUCUCAAUGGAAUGUUAAAGACAAAACUUCGUGAAUUUGCAAAAGUAUUGCGAACAUUAAUGGAAAAUAAGGCAUCAGACAAGGAGGUGCAAGAAAAAAUUCGCGAGCAAAUGGCAAUUAUUUAUAAAUUAGUUGGCAUUUGCCUUGGAAUUCCAUCGGAAACAAUAACAUGGGACUAUUAUACAACCUCAAAGGUGUUCAAUAGUACUGGACCAAUAACGCCACUUGAAUUUUAUGAGAAAUAUGUGAAACCAUGUUUUGAUGUUGACGAGAAGGUUUGCCUUGUUACUGACCCAAGACCAUCAAAUCCAUUUGAAAAACUUUAUACAUUGGAUUGUUUGGGUAAUGUUUGGGGAGGCGGUCGCGUUUUAUAUAAUAAUCAAACUCCCGAAUUGCUUAUUAAAUUAUGUGUUGAUAGUAUAAAGAACAAUGAGCCCGUUUGGUUUGGAUGUGAAGUUUCCAAGCGUUAUGCCUCAAAACAGGGACUCAACGAUUUAAAGGCUCAUAAUUACGAGGCACUUCUUGGAACCGAUUUGCAAAUAACACUUUCGAAAGCUGAUAGACUGCUUUAUGGGGAUUCGAUGAUGACUCAUGCCAUGGUCUUUACCGGAGCAAGCGUAGACAAGGAAGAAAAACCAACGAAAUUCCGCAUUGAAAAUUCCUGGGGUAAAGAUUACGGCGAAAAGGGCUAUCAACUUUGUACAAUUGACUGGUUUAAAGAAUUUGUUUUUGAAGUUGUUGUAGAUAAAAAAUUCGUACCUGAAAAUGUUCUCGAAGUUUUCAAACAGGAACCCAUUGUAUUGCCAGCAUGGGAUCCAAUGGGAACUCUCGCUCAGUAAAAGAAUGUAACAAGUAUUUCGAACGCCAUGUUGAUUUAAAUAAGACAGACACAUUUUUUUAGAAAAAAAUAUCAAGCUAUCAUCCGUCUAUUCAAAACAAAACGAACAAAUUACAUUUUUCGUAAUUUGACCCCACAAACACACGCUCACUGUUUUUUAUAUAAUUCUGAAACAAAAAUAUAAAAAUCAAUUUUGAUAUUAAUUCUUUUCUAUAUAAACAUUUAUAUAGCUUGCAAAAAAAAUCAAUUAAUCAUAAUCCUUUAAUUAUUAAUUCCAAUAUUCCGUUCAUAUCGACUCGAACAAUUUUUACCAUUAAGAAUAUUAUAUACAAGAAAUUUUUUAUUAAAUACUUGUAAGCAAAUAAACAUAAACUCAAAGAGAUAUCAAUUACAAAAAAAAAAAAAUCGUGCCAUCAUAAUGCAUGAAACUUGAUUAAUUUUAUCAUUAAAUGAUCAUUAUUUUAAUGGUCGUGACACAAUAAUCGCGAUUCAUUCAUUAAUGUUAAUUAAUAAUUAUCGUAAUUAACUUCAUAGUGUUAAUUAAAAUUAAUUAACAUUAAAGAUUGAUUGUCAAUUAAAUCACUCAUUAUUAAUCAUUAAUGAUAAUUGCAUUUAUUUGGAUGACUAUAGACGAUAACCAAGUAAAGGAAAAUCCAUUGCCAUGAAUAGUGUACUUUUAUGAAAAAUCUUUGAUUAUAAUAAAAGAAUUUUCUUUAAA